UCUCCUCUAUUAAGAGGGAACUUUUGUGUUUUGUUCUCCAAGUUCAGCUCGGUCAUCAAGCCCUGUUCUCCGCUGCUCUUUUCUUACAUCUCCGCGGCGUCUUUUAUUCCAUUCCCUCCGAUGCCAUCAUUUUUCUGUGUUUUUACACUUUUCAUGGGAAUUCUGGAUAUCGAGACCAUGCGCAUUCAAACGGGACCUGUUCUGAAAAUCGUUUGUUCUUCGUUUCCAUUGGUGUUUUAGUUGGAAUAUAAAUGUUUAGCCGUGCACUGCUUGUAUUGGAGUAAAGAUGACCCGUGUGUUUUGUGCUUUUGCUGGAGUCAUGUUGGUGUUUAGGAUUAUUUUGCUGUGCAUCGUGGAGUUGCAUACGGGCUGCGAUGCGGUGCUCGCCGCCGGUCUCACCACUUUCAGGGCUUUCACUCCACCUGCAAAAGAGGGUGUUGUGCGGACAGUCGAUCGGAUUUACCAUGGAGGUGGGAAGGUUGGUUACCUACUCUACAUGGACGGGAGAAGGUUUCAGUUAGAUAUGGAGAGGGAUGAGUCAAUUUUGUCACAUCACUUCAGUCCGAAAUAUGUGAUGGCCCUGAUGGGAGCGGGAGAAAGCGCCUCGCCUCUGCACCGGGAGUGUGUGUACCGGGGAACCGUGGACUCCAACCCCAAGUCCCUGGCGGUUUUCAGCCUCUGUGGUGGGGGUCUAGAGGGCUUUUUCGCUUUGAAACACGCACGCUACACAAUCACACCCCUCAUCCGAGCCAAGGGACACGAUAGCGACGUGCGUUUGCUGGAUGACAAGGAUGCGGAGAGCGCGCUCCACUACUUCACGCAGGAGAGCUUCAGAUUCGAAGCCAUGCCUGUGAGCGAGAGCUGUGGGACCAAGGAAGGGCGCGGGCGCAUGGGUGCAUCGAGGAAACACCGGCGUAAGGGCAGAGGGAACGGGAAACGCAACACGCACGGUGUCACCCUGGACAGGGGCGAGGAGCGAAGCAGAGCGCACGGCAGAAGAUGGUGGAAGCAGUUCUCCAAACCUGUCUCUUCGCCCUCACUGGGAAGUCGGCGCAAGAGGUCAGUUUCGCGCGCCAGGCACGUGGAGCUUCUGCUGGUCGCUGACGAGUCCAUGUCCAAGAAGUACGGCAAGGACCUGCACCACUACCUGCUCACGCUGGCCUCCAUCGCUUCCAAGUUGUACGGCCAUGCCAGCAUCGAGAACCCCAUCCGUCUGUCGGUUGUGAAGGUGACCAUGGUCACGGAGAAGGAGGGGUUGGAUGUGUCCAAGAACGCAGCCGCCACGCUCAAGAGCUUCUGCAAGUGGCAGAACCAGCAGAACCCACUGGACGACGACAACCAGCACCACCACGACGCCGCCAUCCUCUUCACCAGGCAGGACCUGUGUGGGCACCACUCGUGUGACACACUGGGCAUGGCCGACGUUGGCACCAUCUGCUCACCAGAGAGGAGCUGUGCUGUCAUAGAGGACGACGGACUCCAUGCCGCCUUCACCGUGGCACACGAGAUAGGCCACUUGCUGGGCCUGUCCCACGACGACUCCAAGUUCUGCGAAGAGCGUUUCGGCACCAGCGCGGACAAGCGUCUCAUGUCGUCCAUCCUGACCUCCAUCGACGCCUCCAAACCCUGGAGCCGCUGCACCUCAGCUACGAUCACAGACUUCUUUGACGAUGGCAACGCUGACUGUCUCCUGGACUCUCCUCGCCAGCCCAUGCUCGGCUCAGAGGAGCUGCCCGGCCAGAGCUACGACGCCGUGCGCCAGUGCCGCCUGGCGUUUGGGCCUGAGUACACGGUCUGCCCGGGCAUGGACGUGUGCGCCCGCCUGUGGUGUGCAGUGAUACGCCAGGGCCAGAUGGUGUGCCUGACCAAGAAGCUGCCCGCCGUGGAGGGCACGCCGUGUGGCAAGGGUCGCAUCUGCCUCCAGGGCAAGUGCGUGGACAAGACCCGCAAGAGACACUACUCGGCAUCUAACCAUGGUAGUUGGAGUUCGUGGGGUCCGUGGGGGGCAUGUUCGAGGACGUGUGGUGGAGGGGUGCAGUUCGCCCAGCGUCUAUGUAACAACCCGCCACCCCGAAACAAUGGGCGCUACUGCACCGGCAAGAGAGCCAUCUACAGGUCCUGCAGUGCCACCCCGUGCCCCUCGCCCAGUAAGAGUUUCCGCCAGGAGCAGUGUGAGGUGCGGAACGGCCCCCAGACAGACCCUAAGGGGAUGAAGACCUUUGUGGAGUGGGUACCCAAGUUCGCAGGAGUGCUCCCCAAAGAUGUGUGCAAGCUGACAUGCCGGGCUAAGGGCACAGGCUACUAUGUGGUGUUCUCGCAGAGGGUGGUGGACGGGACAGAAUGUCGACCGUACAGCAGCUCAGUGUGUGUAAAGGGCAAGUGUGUGCGUACAGGCUGUGACGGCAUCAUCGGAUCCAAGCUGCAGUUUGACAAGUGUGGCAUCUGUGGAGGGGACAGCACCGGCUGCAUCAGAGUGAUAGGCAACUUCACCAAGAUGAGUAAGGGCUACACAGACGUUGUGAAGAUCCCAGAGGGCUCCACCCACAUCAAGGUCCGCCAGCACAAGCCCAAGGAUCAGCCCCGGUACACAGCCUACCUGGCCCUGCGUCGUCCCGGUGGCGACUACCUCCUCAACGGCAAGUUCAUGAUCUCUACCUCAGAGACAGUCAUCCCCCUCAACGGCUCGGUGCUCAACUACAGUGGCUGGAGCCAGCGGGAUGAGUGGCUACACAGCAUGGGCCCUGGGGCCCUCAGAGAGGCCCUUACAGUUCAGAUUCUGGCCACGGACUCCAAGAGGCCCCUGGAUAUCCGCUACAGCUUCUUCAUGCCCCGUCAGGUUUUGGCUCCACCACCGCCACCUCCCCCGCCCACCUCCACAACCACAUCCACCACUACUACUACAACAACCACCUCUAUAAGAUCAAGCAGUAGAACCACAUCGGCCCCGUUUUCGGCCAUGGCUCUCUCUACAGCCCUAGGGGUGUCGACGGCGGCCUCUGGGCCCCAGUGGGUGACUGGCCCCUGGAUGAUCUGCUCCAGGACUUGUGACACGGGCUGGCAGAGCCGCACGGUGCAGUGCAAGGACCCGCAGGCCAAGCUGGCCAAGGGUUGCCCUCUGGGCGACCGCCCCUCCGCCUUCAAACAAUGCCUAGUGAAAAAGUGUUGAAAGGACCAGAAACUAGACUCCCCUGAAAGUAGGGGGUACACACAGACAGAGACACUGGUUAUUGACAGUCAACCCCUCCUCUUCCUUACCACCAACCUACUAUGCCAGGCCCUGCUUGGCAUAGCUACAGACAUACGACGGAUACAUGUGGACACUUCCGAAUAGUGCAGCCGCCCAAUCAACAACCACCCACUUGCCAAAUCCCUCCUCUAUCUGAAGGUUUCGUUUGUAUUCCUCUGUUAAUGACACAUUUUGUUUGCUUUUCUGUAUGUUCUUGCUACUGUGGGUUUUUCAUGAUUGUCCGCUUUGUCUCUUUGUCUGUGACUGCACACCUCUGGACAAUGGGCCUCCGUACUAGUCUGUUGCGUGGUACUUUUUCUCCACUUCCCUUCGGGGUCCCCUUUUUCUUCUUGCUCCUCCCACGGCCGAUUCUCCACAUACGAUUGGUCUAUCCAACUUCCUGUUUGGAUUGCGGACCAGGAAGUAGGCUGGGGGCACAAGCAAGAGCAACCAAUCCUUACUGUAACCAGUCCAGAAAUGGGGUUGAACCGCACUACAAACAUCCCAGGUCAGAAGAUGGACACACAGUGAUGGAGUGAGUUGGGGCAGAGUUGUGCCCAACAGCUAGUGCUGAGCGAUUAACCUAAAUUGUGUUUAUUAUUUUGGUUUUUAAACAACUAAUUGACAGACUUCGUUUCAAUUAUUUGAAUUCCAUUUAGUUAUGUUUUUUUCUGUGAAGUCAAUGCGUACAUUGGGCAGUUUCUCUAAGAAAUAAAUCAACUGAAUCCUGAACUGUGCAAUGUAGUUGUAGGGAGUUGUAGUUUCCAACAGGCCAAUAUUCUAAAUAAUUUAGUGCAGAAAACAUGCUAAUUAACUACAAUGAUGAUAAUCGAUUGCGUGCGUGCUUGUCCGGUCUGUGUCUUUCUUUUAUGCCUGCUACAUUAGGUUAGUACAGAAGAAUGUGCGAUCGAGAGGGAUAGAGAGCAGUUACUUUGCGAAGUAUCUGUACCUGAAAAUGCAUAAUCUAAGUGGUUGAUAGUUGGAAUUCAGCAGCCUAUUUUACUUUUAAGAACUACUAAAAUACUGAUUUUGUCAGACAGCAUAGGCAGCAGCUCUAUAGAAAUAACUUGGAAUUAAAUAAUAAAAUCAUAAAAUUAAACAAAUGUAAUAAAAACACCUGAAAUAUUUUAUUAAAGUAAAGUAAUGUGAAUAAAUGUUGUUACAGCAUUCAACCCAGAUAAUGCAUAGUGCAUUUCAUAUAUUUUUUAAAUAUUGAUAUUUUAAUAAUCGAACCAAAACCGAACCGACCUCAAAAAGCACUAAUCGCUCAGCACUACCAACUGCCAAUGCCCAGUGACACCUAUAGAGUGACUCUGGGCCAAAAGACCAUGGUGACCCUUCAACUCUGACCUUUGUGGAGGUUAAAGGUUGUAAUUUUAUGGGAUUACAUAAUGUGUGGGGCUAAGCUUGACAUUUGUGUGUGUGUGUGUUGUAAACAUACAAGUGUGAACAUAUAGUGUUUUUGUCAUAUUCAGUGUCCUAAACUCUCUUAAUGGACUUUAACCCUCAGUUCCAUUUGUAUCACUAUGCGGGUGCUAGAGGGUCGCUACCAUUUUGUCACUGUGUUUCUUUGGCUCUCCAUGUCUCUGUCUGUCUGUCUGUCUGUCUGUCUGUCUGUCUGUCUGUCUGUCUGUCUGUCUGUCUGUCUGUCUGUCUGUCUGUCUGUCUGUCUGUCUGUCUGUCUGUCUGUCUGUCUGUCUGUCUGUCUGGGAAUAAAGAAAUGAUUGCUAGUAUGACAAUGUGUGCACUGGAUACUCGCAAAUACAGCAAGAGGGAAACUAUCCCAGUCAUACCUGACCAAAUACACUUCUACAGUUCGCUCGCUCGCUCUUUCUCUCUAUCUCUCUCUCACUCGCUCACCCUCUCCAUCUCUCAUUCAACAUAUUGACACAUUCUUGUUUAAGCUAUCCAUUUCUCACACUCAGUCUUUCACUCACUCUCACAUCCACUACCAUCCAUUCUCCGUCAUCCCUCUAUCCCUCAUGAGCUUGUAAUGCUAUACCACACACCUUUUCAAGAGUGAUGAUAGACAUGCAUUAUACUGGAUACAUAUGGGCUCUUGCCACAUAGGCACAACUCCCUAUUUCUCAUUUCUCACACACAGGCACAGACACACAUUCACAUAAAGAAUACACAACACCCCAAAAUUGCUUAAUUACACAUUUAGAUAUAAACACCAAUAUCACAUAUGUACAGAAUACAUUUUGCACACACACAUAAAUAUGGAAAGAAAAUUAAACCACACGCAUACAAACACACACACACACACACACAUACUGUAUAUGUAUUACUGUUUGACACUUCCCAUGGGAAAAGACCCUUUCGUUGAACGACAGAAACACAGCACUGAACUUGUAAUUUAUUGUUUGUACAACUGGUAUGUGAAAUAAAACGUGAUGAAUUUAUUUAUUAUAAUGGCAAUGUUGUAUCAUAUUUACUAUUUAACUAAGAAUAUGACUGUGCAGAAUAAAUCAUUUUUAAGAAAAGUGUAUUUUCUAGUCAUCUACAUGAAUAUAUGUACAUUAAAUGUAUAUUUUUAAAAGCUC